AGCGAAAACCAACCCAUAACCCCUCUUUUUCAUUUUUCCGCUGACCGCCUAUCGCUACCAUCUGGUAUACGAAGACGUACUUUGAACUCGGUCAUUUUGCUUGGCGGCUCGCACGAGGUUGGAUGUAAUUCGACGCGUCUCACACACGUGCGCACGUGUUCUCGCUGUGUAGUAGAAUUCGUUUUUUCGAGGUCAGGAGCAGAGUUGGCAGCGGCAGCAAUUGCGAGCGCGGGUACGAAUUAGGUGUUUCAGAUCAAUUGCGGAAAACGCGGGACGAGUGAAAAUUAUGGCAGAUUACGUGUUAGGCAACGUAAUAGCCGCAGACGUACCGCUGCCGGACGACGGGACGUCGGCUGAACGUCUGUUCGCCACCGGCGAUGGUCUCACUUACAACGAUUUUAUCAUCUUGCCGGGCUAUAUAGAUUUCACAGCGGAAGAAGUCGACUUACUGUCACCAUUGACCAAGAAAAUUACGCUAAAAGCUCCGCUUAUAUCUUCGCCUAUGGACACCGUUACCGAAUCUGACAUGGCUAUCGCGAUGGCUCUUUCUGGCGGUAUCGGCAUUAUACAUCAUAAUUGUACUGCUGAAUAUCAGGCUAAUGAAGUACACAAGGUAAAAAAGUAUAAGCAUGGAUUCAUCAGAGAUCCAGUUGUCCUCGCACCACAUCAUACAGUCAAUGAUGUUCUGAAUGUGAAGGCUGAGCAUGGUUUUAGCGGAGUGCCUGUCACAGACAAUGGAAAAGUCGGUGGUAAAUUGUUAGGCAUUGUCACCUCUAGGGAUAUCGACUUUCUCGAAUGCUUGUCUAAUUAUCAACACAAAAGUCUCAGCUCAAUUAUGACAACUUUGGAAAACUUGAUCAUGGCACCAGCUGGUGUAACUUUGCAAGAAGCAAAUGCCAUCUUGGAGAAAUCAAAGAAGGGAAAGUUACCUAUUGUGAACGAGCGAGGAGAACUAGUGUCUCUGAUGGCGAGGACCGACUUGAAAAAGAAUCGUAAUUAUCCAAAUGCCAGCAAAGACGAGAACAAGCAGCUUUUAGUGGGAGCCGCUAUAGGGACACGUAGCGCGGACAAGCAGCGACUGCAUCUGCUCGAGAGCGCGGGCGUAGACGUGGUAGUGUUGGACUCGUCGCAGGGCAAUUCGAUGUACCAGAUCGAGAUGAUCAAGUACAUCAAGUCGCAAUAUCCGGACCUGCAGGUGAUCGCGGGCAACGUCGUGACCACGAUGCAAGCUAAGAAUCUCAUCGAGGCAGGAGCGGACGCAUUACGCGUCGGAAUGGGCUCUGGCUCGAUCUGCAUAACGCAGGAAGUCAUGGCAGUUGGGCGACCACAAGCGACGGCUGUUUACAAGGUUUCCGAAUACGCUAGGAAAUUCGGGGUUCCUGUCAUAGCGGAUGGUGGCAUUCAAUCGGUCGGACACAUUAUCAAAGGUCUUAGUUUAGGCGCCAGCACGGUAAUGAUGGGCUCUCUAUUGGCUGGCACGUCCGAGGCUCCGGGCGAGUAUUUCUUCAGCGAUGGAGUUCGCUUGAAAAAGUACAGAGGGAUGGGCUCGUUGGAAGCUAUGAAUAGGAAGGACGCGAGGGGUUCGGCGAUGGAUAGGUAUUUUCAUAACGAAAUGGAUAAAUUGAAAGUAGCCCAAGGUGUUAGUGGCUCCAUAGUGGACAAGGGCUCGGUGCUGAAGUUUCUGCCUUAUCUCACGUGUGGCAUCAAACACAGUUGCCAAGAUAUCGGCGCGAGGUCGCUCUCCACAUUACGAUCCAUGAUGUACAGUGGAGAACUGAAAUUCGAGAGAAGAACACAUUCGGCUCAGCAAGAGGGCAAUGUUCACAGCUUAUUUUCCUAUGAGAAAAGGUUGUUUUAAUCAUGCGUUCGUAAAACACGCGACAAGGUACCUGCGUAGUUGUACUUGAGUUGUUCCGAGGCCACUCGUCGCGAAGCUAUCGAUCGAUGACGUCAAAAGCGAAGGAAAGCAUCUCCAGAAUUCUUGCGAAGUAAAAGGGCAUGUCCAUAAAGUGACCUUCGGAUUGACUACAUUCCGAAAGAUAUUUUGAAGACUUUCCUUCUAACAAAAGUCAACAAACGUAAAAUUAACGUGAUGCAAUCUUUCUUUUCAGCCUACUUUUCCUUGCGUUAAUUUUACAGCUAUUUAUUGCUAGAGCAAAAGGGACGUUCUCGGAAUAUUUUACAAAUGUGCUCAAUCGAUCACAAGUGCCAUUCUAUGGAUAUAAUCUUUUAUUUGGUGUAUUCUGCAAGAAUUUUGGCCAUACGUUUUCUCGCUUCUGACGUCAUUAAUUAAGAUGUCCGCGGCGAGAGCACAGGUCUUAAGGAGAGCCUUAAGACUCCUAGGUACUCGUCGUGGUCACGUUGGAUAAUGAUAUCAGAAGCGAGAAUUGACACAUUGAAGACUUUUGCGUGCCAUUUCCAAAUAAAAAGAUAUUUGUAUAAAAGAGCACUUCAGAUUUCACUUGAACCACAUACUCGUAAAAUGUUCUGAAAAUUAGCCUCUCCUUUUAAAAGUCAACAAGUGGCAAAAUCAUGAGGAAAGGUGGGUUAAGGAGGAAGGCUGUAUGUCUAAUUAAUUUUACGGCUAUUUAUUGACUGUCAAGGAAAAAAGAUAGUUUUCAGAACAUUGUGCAAAUAUGCUCAAGAAAUUUCGAGUGUUCUUUUAUACAAAUAUAUUUCUUUAUUUGAAAAUGGCACGCAAAAAUCCUGGACAUACGUCUCUUCGCUUCUGUCAUAAACAAUCGAAAAUUCCGGCGAGGGAUCAGGAGCCUCGAUCCAACUGUACAACAGUUCUUUCACAUUCGCCCCACGAUUAGUAAAAAGGUCACAUUUUGUCCAUCGCGUAUGUACCAGACACAUCACCUCGUACAUGCACGCGACAUGAACCGUUUAUCUCAGGAUUGCUCUUGACUAGUAGACAAUGGUGACAAAAGCGAUCGCGAUUAUUAUUUACGAAAGUUUACACGAGUUUUUGUAAGUAAUCACUGCGAUUACUCAUAUCUAUUUCGUACGUACUUACUGGAUAGAUCUUUAUACGAGAUACUUUUAAACUCGAAAGUGUACAUUGUAAAUCUCUCAGCGAGCCAUAUAUUGAGAUCGUGUAAAUUAAUGGAUGUUAUGAAUGUCGUUGAGUCAUCCGACAUAUAAAGUUCGACGAAUAUCGAUUGUUGUAUGACUAACCUGACAAUUUUGCAAAAUGUGCGCGACUAUUGUGUAGCAACAUAUAGUAACAUCGAGGAAGUAUAAUAAUCUGCAAAUUUUAGAGUAAAUAUCAAGUCAAGGGAUCACUAUUCUACAUGAUUUGCGUAGUUAAAUCUUAAUUGUUCUCUAGUAAAAUACAAUGUUCAUGCUUCUAUAGAUGCCCUGGUUCUCGAAUAUUUUUUGAUCGAAAAUAAAAUCAAACAUUAAUGCGAACAUUUUUAUUCGGAAAUAAUAAUGUUCUGUGAACUGGUGGCGAUAUUUUUAUGUAAGCGAUGUCCAUUGUUUCAAAAGAUACCACCUGUGAGUAGUUAACAAUUGACUAUCUGUUAAAUGCUCGUCCAUUCCUACAAAAUGAUAUACUAGUAUUUUUAGUAGUCUGACAUAUUUUAUUGAGCUGUAUUUUUGUAAAAUUGAUUUAAAUGUCUUCAAUUUUCUCAGUCUAAACAUUUUACACUAGAAAUAACGAUAAGUUAUUUUCUGAUAGUAUUAAGCCAGAUAUAUCGGAACUCUCUUGUGCCCCUGAUAUUGUUUUGUAGCUGAUAUAUUUUAUACAGUAUUGUUAUAUAAUAAACUGUAUAUUGUGAAUAAAAGCCAACUGAAUGUUAUAAA